UAGCCAAUGUUUAUACACCCUUGCUGCAGAAGGUGUGACCGAAAGCCCAAGUCCUGCCCUCUGUCAGACAUAUGGCUCAGUCUUGUGACAGUUUAACGUAUGGCUUGUUAUUGGAGACCUGGAAAGCAAAGCUCGUUGUACCUGUCGGUAUGAGAUCGGCUAGGAUUCUUCCAAGCCUUGUAUUAGGAGGAAGACUUGUGUGUUCCAAUGUUGGAUACAUUCUUUAUUUUUUCUCCUUGUUUUGAAAGCUCUUUCCCUUUAAUAGGAUAACUAUCCAACACCGACUUGUACUUUUCUUUUAUUUAUUUUUUAUUUGUGGUUCUUGUAAAAGGAAAAUGUGUGGGGGUACACAGAGGACUGGCGGCUAUGCGGGGUGUUCCUCCAAUAGACUCCGGAACAGGUGGAUUGCCACCUGCCUGCUUGCCAGCAAGUGUAAGAACUCUGACAGCAGGACAGCGAAAAGCAAAUAUCGCAAAGAUCUCGCCAAUCGUUUCGCUACGGACUCCGAGUCAAGCUGGCCUUGUUCAGAGUUCGACUUGAAUUGCAUUCGCUUGAUUGUUUACCAAGACUGUGAAAGAAGAGGAAGGCAGGUUUUAUUCGACUCUAAAGCAGUUAAUGAAAUAAAAACGGGAACCACCCAGAGAGUCGGAGAAGAUGCUACAACAAAGACUAAAUCCUGUCAGACCAGCAGCAGUGGGACCUGUACCAUCUCCUCACGGGCUACAGCAUCAGCACAUGCUCAGCCUGCAAGGGAAACCCUGCCCAAGUACCAGUACACUAAACCAGCCUCAGAUGUGAACAUGUUGGGGGAGAUGAUGUUUGGCUCUGUCGCAAUGAGUUACAAAGGAUCAACUUUAAAGAUUCAUUUAAUCAGAUGCCCUGUUCAGCUGAUGAUCAGUAAAGUGUUCUCUGCCAAAGUGGGGGGAUUCAGCUGCAGCACAACCACGCUUCAGGACAGUCUAGAAAACAUCAGUCAUGAUAGCACUGUCAGACUAGGUGUGAGCCAGACCGGUCAAGGACUAUGUGGAUCUAAUCUAGGUAUUUUACAGAUGUGUGGCAGCAAACUGUUGCCCUCCAUGUUUGAAGCACACCCACUCCGGCUCAUUCGGAGUGCCUCUUUCUUUGCAGCUCACAGCACACCAGUGGAUAUGCCCAGCAGAGGACAGAAUGAAGACAAGGACAGCGGCAUUGCACGAUCAGCAUCUCUAAGCAGUCUUCUGAUUACCCCUCUUCCUUCACCAAGUACAUCAUUUUCAAGUAACUAUGCCAGCAGCUAUCAGCGGCGAUUGUUGAGAAGUCAAAUCACCAGUCUUGAAAAUGGGGUGGUUCCAAGAUGGCCAACAGAAGAAACUUUUAGUAUGGCGGAUGAGAGUUGCACUUCAAACCCAGCAAUGAUUGGCCGCAAGAAGAUUGCGAUCAGCAUCCUCUUUUCUUUGUCUAAAGAGGAGGAAGCACAGAAGAAUUUCCAGGACUUCUUUUUCUCCCACUUUCCUUUGUUUGAAUCCCACAUAAACAAACUAAAAUCAUCUAUAGAGAAGGCUAUGAUCUCAUGCAGAAAAAUCACUGAAUCAAGUCAGCGGGUACAAGUCUAUCUCGGUCAGAUCAUGGAGGCCUUGGCACAGUUCAGGGAGACCAUCUGGAAUCUGUACUGUGCCCCUCGCAUUGCUGAACCAGUGUGGCUUACCAUGAUGUCCAGCACUACUGAGAAAGGUCAGCUUUGCCAGCAUUUUCUUAAAGAGCUGACCUACCUAAUUGAGCAACUUAACAAGAACCAGUUUUUUGCAGCACUUCUCACUGCAGUUUUAACUUACCACUUGGCAUGGGUUCCCACUGUGAUGCCAAAUGACCAUCCUCCUAUAAAGUCUUUCAGUGAAAAGCACACUUCUCAGUCUGUCAGUCUGCUGGCCAAAUCGCAUCCAUAUAAUCCUCUUUGGGCACAACUGGGAGACCUUUACGGGGCUAUCGGAUCUCCAGUUAGAAUGACUCGAACUGUUGUGGUUGGGAAACGCAAGGAAUUAGUCCAGCGCAUUCUCUACAUCCUCACUUAUUUCAUCCGCUGCUCAGAACUACAGGAAAAUCAUUUGGUGAGGGACCGGGUCCUAAAGAGUGGCGAACAAGUGGUACAGGGCAGCAAUGUCACAACCUCUCUGGAGAAGGGAGAAGUGGAAGAAUCUGAAUAUGUGUUAGUGACUGUGAACAAUGAAUCUGCUCUGGUCUCUCCUUCGCUACCUUCUAAUGCAGACUCAGGGUGUCCUACAAAAGCUAAUGGAUCUGAGACUUCUGACCCUUUCUUAAAGGUGUACGGGGAAAAUUCUCUUCAAGUAGAAAGUGACAACCAAUCACCAUCAGAACAAGCUAGCAAUGACUCUGUAGUGAUUAACGUCUGCUCUUGCAGAGAAAAUACAACCCUAAUUAAAGAAGCCAAAGUGGAAACUUUGGUUUCAGUCACAAGAACUCCAGUCUAUAAUUCUGAGGACUCCCUUAUUUCACAGCCUAUAACAUCCCAAGCUAAAGGAAAACACUGGGCCAACAAAUAUAACGACAUGGAUACUUCAGUGAAACUGACAGACUGGGCAAAGGAAAUUCUGUCUGCUGAUAGAAAAGGUGAAUCUUCUCCACCACAGAAGGUGACAUUUAAAAUGGGCUCUUCCCCUUCACCAGACAGUGAUUUGGAACUGUACAGAAAGGACCUGGAGGGAAAUGUUCAGUCGCUUCAAUCUGACUCCAUACAGCCAUCUGCACCUAAUCGCACACUUGCUGCUCUCAGAAAAAAGAUUCUGUGCUCACGAAUUCCAUCUUGUGAGGAAAGUUCUAGUAUAUUUGAUGAAUAUUUUGUGGAGGGAAACCAUAUUCAAACAAAUACAGUAGACAGCCUUCCACCUCACCCCUUAUUAUCAGAAAAAUGUUUUGCUUCUAGUGAUUUAUCUACAGCUAACUGUACAGGUACAAGUAUGGAAGACGAGGACUUGAUUGGUGCUGCACAGGCAGGGUCUGGUAUGUGCUCUGGUCAAACAGCCUCUUUAAAUGUCCCCUGUGGGGAUCAAGGCAUAAGGACUGAAGUCAGGGCAGUGGGAGACAUUCCAAGGAAUGAGAGCUGUGACAGUGCUCUCGGCCAGAGCGAUGAAGAAGCAAACGCUAGUUACGUCAUUUCAGAAAAUUGGGACCGUGGUGAUCAUGAUGCUGAAGUGGAACUUCCACUUCCCAGGUCAGACGUCAUUAGCAGCCCAAGUGUGAAGAACUUUGGGAGGUCUCUAUUUGGAGGUUACUGUUCCACAUACAUGCCAGAUCUAGUGCUUCAUGGGAUUGCCAGUACUGAAAAACUGAAGCAGUGCCUCACAGCCAGUCUGGCGCACUCCACACUACACCCUGUGUUGGAUGAACCUCUUGCAGAAGCUGUAUGUAUUGUGGCGGAUACAGAUCGAUGGAGUGUCCAGGUUGUCAGCAGCCAGAAGACCACUUUGGACAACAACAAACUUGGCACAGAUGUCUUGGUGUCUAAUCAAGUGUGCAGCUUGCUUCAGACCAUUUUACACCUGUAUAAACUCAAAACCCCACCUUUAUUUUGCGUGAUGUAUCUAGAAGACAAGUUACAGGAGCUGUAUUUCAAGAGUAAAAUGUUGUCAGAGUAUUUAAGGGGCCACAAGAGAGUCCAUGUAAAAGAGCUUGGUUUGGUAUUGGGGAUUGAAUCCAGUGACUUACCUCUGCUGGCAGCUGUGGCGAGUACUCAUUCACCCCAUGUUGCACAAAUCCUUUUAUAAGCUGCAUUCUACUAAUGGUCAUUCCUUAAGCUGCUAAGCGGCAACCAAUCAGAAGAGGGCCAGUGAAUUGUGCUGCCGUUUCUUCCUACUAUAAACUCCUUUGCCCCUCUAACCCCUAGGGGACACAUUUAAAGUUUACAUGAAGUACGAGGCAUUAUGGUGUUUCCCCCGUGGCCUUCUGUCGUUUCACAGGGAAGAAUUGAGGAAAAGUCCAAAAUUCUCAAACACUACAGAAACUUUUUUGACUCUGCAUGCUUGUUGGGAUUUUCUUCUAUGAACGAUGUAUAUAUCUUUUCUGGUUUACUUUUUUUUUUGCUCUCACUUGGAGAUUUAUCAAUUGAACUUUUACGGCAAUGUGUUUACUAGAAAAUGUAUGGAUUAUAGCAUGCUAGGACUGUGCUGAGCUGCUUUGCAACACAGACAUAGGAACUUAUUGUAUUCUCAUUCACCAUCAAUUUCUCUCAAUUUCGGGCCAUAUAGUUAUCAGUUGACUCUUGACAACUCUUGUAAUCCUUUUGGCUGACACAAGUGGAAUAAUUUUGCAUAUAUACAGUAUAGAAGUUGCUAUUUUC